AUGGCCUCAAAUGACACAACACUUAACAAUGCACCUCCUAUGAAAGCUACAUCACAUGGGGUAUUUCAAGGCGAAAAUCCUCUUAACGCUGCACUCCCUCUUGUCAUUUUACAAAUAUGCCUCGUCCUCACACUCACUCGAGUCCUUGCUUACCUUCUUAAGCCAUUAAGACAGCCUCGAGUCGUGGCAGAAAUUGUUGGGGGAGUUUUACUCGGACCUUCGGGUCUAGGCCAUAACAAAGCAUAUCUUCAUACAAUGUUUCCUCAAAGGAGUCUUACAGUAUUGGACACGCUUGCAAAUCUUGGACUUUGUUUCUUCCUCUUCCUUGUUGGCCUAGAGCUUGAUUUAAACUCCUUACGUAAAACUGGUAAAAAAGCAUUAUGCAUAGCCAUCGGUGGAAUAGGCCUUCCGUUCAUUUUAGGUACUGGAGUUUCAUUCAUUCUCCAAGAAAACGUCUCUGGGGGUGUUCACGAAGGCCCAUUUAUCGUCUUCAUGGGUGUAGCCAUGUCAAUUACAGCUUUCCCUGUACUUGCACGUAUUUUAGCUGAACUCAAGCUCUUAACUACCGAAGUCGGUAAAAUGGCCAUGUCAGCAGCCGCAGUUAAUGACAUAGUGGCAUGGAUUCUUCUUGCACUUGCGGUUGCCCUUUCGGGUUCAGGGCGUUCCCCACUUAUAGCUCUAUGGGUUUUCUUGUGUGCAUCAGGUUUUGUUGUUUUGUGUUCUUUUUUGGUGCCCCCGAUUUUCAAAUGGAUGUCCCAAAGAUGCCCUGAUGGUGAACCCGUUGAUGAGUUGUACGUUUGUGUGACUUUAGGUGGUGUUUUAGCUGCGAGUUUUGUGACAGAUGCUAUUGGGAUUCAUGCACUUUUUGGGGCUUUUGUGGUUGGGGUUUUAAUACCAAAAGAAGGUGCAUUUGCCGUCGCAUUAGUGGAAAAGGUUGAGGAUCUCGUGUCGGGGUUGUUUUUACCGCUAUAUUUCGCUUCGAGUGGUCUGAAGACGAAUAUGGGGUCAAUUAAAGGGGCAAGGUCUUGGGGAUUACUUGUUUUGGUUAUUUUUACAGCGUGUUUUGGUAAGAUUGCGGGUUCGGUUGGGGUUUCUCUUCUUUGUAGGAUUCCGUGGAUGGACGCUCUUGCAAUCGGACUUUUAAUGAAUACAAAAGGUUUGGUUGAAAUUAUUGUGCUCAACAUUGGGAAAGAUAGAGGGGUUUUGAACGAUGAAACAUUCGCGAUAUUAGUUCUAAUGGCACUAUUAACAACAUUUAUCACAACCCCUUUAGUUGUUGCCUUUUAUAGACCUGCUAAAACACAACCAACCACCGAAUACAAACAUCGAACUUUACACCGCAGAGGUUCUUCCACUUCUCCAUUCCGUAUGUUAUUUUGCUUCCAUAGUGUACGAAACAUACCAACAAUGGUAAAUUUAAUCGAAGCUUUACGUGGGACCGGCAAAAAAGAGGUUCUUUUGGUCCAUGCAAUGCACCUCAUGGAGCUAUCAGAGAGGUCUUCGGCUAUACUUAUGGUUCAUAAAGCGAGAAAAAACGGGCUCCCAUUUUGGAAAAAGGAUCAGAAUACUGGAUCAGAUCAAGUUGUGGUGGCAUUCGAGGCUUUUCAACAUUUGAGUAAGGUGGCAAUUUGGCCCACGACUGCUAUAUCGGCGGUUUUGAGUAUGCAUGAGGAUGUUAUUAGUGGGGCCGAAAGGAAUCGGGCAGCUAUGAUUAUUUUACCGUUUCAUAAGCAUAUUAGGGUCGAUGGGCAACUUGAAACCACUCGAGUUGAAUAUAGACAUGUUAACCGCAAGGUUUUAGAGUACGCUCCAUGUUCAGUCGGCAUCUUAGUAGACCGUGGUUUCGGUGGGACCUCCCACAUUGCCGCCAGCAGUGUCAACUCAGUAGUAACAGUUUUAUUCUUCGGUGGCAAUGACGACCACGAAGCAUUAGCCUACGGGGGUCGUAUGGCAGAACACCCCGGAAUCAACCUCAAUGUAGUCCGAUUCCUCCUCAAUCCCGCCGGAACCACCACUCCGGGAUCCAUCACCAUCGACAUUAAAGAAUCUGAGACUUCGGAAUCCAAUUCCAUUGAUGAUGAAGUGAUGGCGGAAUUCAAACAGAAGUUUGUCUUGAAAUACAACACGAUGAAAUAUGAUGAGAGAGCGGUGGCGGAUGCCGCCGAGACGGCGGAGGUGAUUCGGGAAUAUGGUCGGAGCAAUUUGUUUCUGGUGGGGCGGAUGCCGGAGGGGGAGGUGGUGGGGUUGUUGAAGAAGGAAAGUGAGUGCCCGGAGAUGGGACCCGUCGGAAAUUUGUUGAUUUCUCCGGCUUUGACUAUGGCGGCAUCGGUGUUGGUGGUGCAGCAAUAUCAUAGUCAAUUGUCGUUACAUUCUUUGGCUUCUUUGAAGGAAGAUGAAAUGAGUGAUGAUGGUGGAUGA